CCAGUUUUUUUGCACAGCUACCUUUUUUUACUUUCUUUUUUCAUUUGUUUUCUUCCUCCCCUCCUCCUUUCAAACCGUACCUUUUUUUUCUUUCUUCUUUUCCAUUAACCAUACAAUGUCUGCUCGUGACGUUUAUAUUUCUGCUGUUAGCCGUACACCUUUGGGUGGUUUCAACGGUUCUUUAGCCUCUCUCCAAGCUACCAAGCUCGGUUCUAUUGCUAUUGAAGGUUGCUCUACAGCUGCUGUCAAGAAAUCAAACGUUCCUGUCGAAGCUGUUGAAGAAGUCUUCUUCGGUUGUGUUUUGCCUGCUAACCUUGGCCAAAACCCUGCUCGUGUUGCUGCUCUUGGCGCUGGUCUUAAGGACACUACCAUCGCUACUACUGUUAACAAGGUUUGUGCUUCUGGUAUGAAAGCUGUCAUUUUAGGUGCACAAUCUAUCAUGCUCGGUAACGCAGAUGUUGUUGUUGCAGGUGGUAUGGAAUCAAUGACCAACACACCCUACUACCUUCCCAAGCAACGUUUCGGUUCUGUUUAUGGCAACACUGAAGUCGUUGAUGGUGUUGUAAAGGAUGGUUUGUUUGAUGUUUAUAAUGAAUAUUUGAUGGGUGUAGCUGCUGAAGAAUGUGCUAAGGAAUAUGACAUCAGCCGUGAACAACAAGAUGAUUUCGCUAUUGAAUCUUAUAAGCGUGCUCAAGCUGCUCAUGCUGCUGGUUACUACAAGGAUGAAAUCGUUCCUAUCACCGUUUCUGGUGGUCGUGGUAAGCCUGAUCGUGUCGUUGAAGUAGAUGACGAAACUGCCAAAUUGAACGAAGAAAAGUUACGUGCCGUUCGUCCCGCUUUUGCCGGUAAGGAAGGUACUGUCACUGCACCCAAUUCCUCUCCUUUGAGUGAUGGUGCUGCUGCUAUUGUUCUUUGCUCCAAAGAAGCUGCUGAAAAGUACAACUUGCCCUUGUUGGCCAAGAUUAAGGGUUGGGGUGACGCUGCUCAAGCUCCUGCUCGCUUCACUACCUCGCCCGCUCUCGCUAUACCCAAAGCUAUCAAGCACGCUGGUUUGAAGGCUGAAGAUAUCGAUUACUAUGAAAUUAACGAAGCUUUCUCUGUUGUGGCUUGUGCCAACACUAAGAUUUUGAACUUGGAUAAGGAUAAGGUCAAUGUUUGGGGUGGUGCUGUUGCUAUGGGCCAUCCUUUGGGCUGUUCCGGUGCUAGAAUUAUUGCUACUUUAACCUCUGUUUUAAGACACAAGGAUGCCAAAUAUGGUGCUGCUGGUAUUUGUAACGGUGGUGGUGGUGCUUCUGCCAUCGUUAUCGAGCGUUUGUAAAUUCACUAAUUAAUUUCAUGACCCUUCCAUCUCUUUUCCUCUUUCAUCAUUUACAUAAUAUCUUGUCGUGGUCUAUUCUCUAGCCUUAGAAUGAAUCUACACAAUAAACGUACAUAAUUUUUCUCAUCACAGUAACAGAUGUCUAAA